ACGUGGCUUGGCCUCGUGGCUUCUCUUUUCGUAUUUAUACGCGGCCUGGCCACCGCGAUCGAGCUUUAGUUGGCUCGCUCCGAUCUCUUUCCUUCUGUGGCUCGAAAACUUUCGGCUUUCUUCGCACCGAAACUUCCUCUUCUUUUAUCCCAGACAACAACGACAGCCUUUGGAGUUCAUACAUUGUGUCGAGCAUGAGAGAUCGGAAGGUAAGCACGGGAAGCCCGCCGCGCGGUUCCAAACUGUUUGAUCUCUUCUUCCACACCGACACCAUGAUCCAGUCCGAGGACGAGCUCCCCACCGACAGCGGCAGCAUUGCCCUCUCCACCACCGCUAGCCCUGGCUAUUACUCCGAUCGCAAUCCGACCAGCACCGGGGCUUCCCCUUAUUUUCUGUCUCCCUGGAACCCCGUGGCUGUCUCGCCCCUCGCCAAGUCCCCCUGGGCUUACCUCCCCCUCCUCUCCGACGAGGCCGCCGACCCCUCCGCUACCGGUCUGGUCGGGUCGCUCGUUCGCGAGGAGGGGCACGUCUACUCCCUCGCUUCCGCCGGGGACAUCCUCUACACCGGCUCCGACAGCAGGAACAUCCGCGUCUGGAAGGGCCGCCGCGAGUUGUCCGGGUUCAAGUCCAGCAGCGGCCUCGUCAAGGCUAUCGUCGUCGCCGGAGACAGGAUCUUCACCGGCCACCAGGACGGCAAGAUUCGCAUCUGGAAGACCUCCUCGAAGAAUCCGGCCGUCCACAGGCGAGUGGGGACGCUCCCUAGGCUCAAGGACUUGCUGAAGAGCUCCAUCAACCCGUCCAACUAUGUCGAGGUGCGACGUCACCGCAACGUCGUGUGGCUUCGGCAUUUCGAUGCGGUUUCUUGUCUCAGCCUCGACGAAGAAGCCGGGAUACUGUACUCCGGAUCUUGGGAUAAGACGGUGAAGGUGUGGAGGAUAUCGGACUCCAAGUGUCUCGAAUCCAUCAAGGCGCACGACGACGCUGUCAACGCGGUGGCGACCGGGUUCGGCGGGUUGCUGUUCACGGGAUCGGCGGAUGGGACGGCGAAGGUGUGGCGGAGGGAAGCGGCGGGGAAAGGAGGCGCCACCAGGCACGUCCUAGUGCAGAUGCUGCUGCGGCAGGAGAGCGCGGUUACGUCGGUGGCAAUGUCGGAGGCGGCCGGAGUGGUGUACUGUGGUUCGUCGGACGGGACGGUGAACUACUGGCGCUGGCAAGGAUGGUGGCGGCAGCUGGAGCACGGCGGGAAGCUCCGCGGGCACCGGAUGGCGGUGCUGUGCCUCGCGGCGGCCGGGAGACUUGUGGUCAGCGGGUCCGCGGACAAGACCCUGUGCGUCUGGCGAAGGGAGGCGACGGGCGGCGACGGCUGGGACCACACGAAGCUGGCGGUGCUCGCGGGGCACCAGGGGCCCAUCAAGUGUUUGGCGGUGGAGGAGGAGGACGACAGCCAGGGCGGGGCGGUCAUCGCUUUUCCCGGGGGACCGCGGUACGUGGUGUACAGCGGGAGCCUGGACAAGUCGGUCAAGGUGUGGCGGGUGUUGGAGCGGGAGGCCACGGCGGGGGCGACGCCGGUGCGUGGACUGGCGGAGGCGGAGACCCGCGACGGAAAGCUGGGACGGUCGCCUCUGCGUGCCGGGGGUGGCGGAGCCGGGGCGCCCACGAGCGAUCGAGCACGCGGGCUGCCGCGUGAGCACACGUGAAGAUUUAGCCUGCUUGGUUUGUACAUCCUAACUGAGCCCGUCCUCCACAACGCAAAGCAAAAGAACACGUUUUUCUC